AAGCGAAUUGUUCCCAACGACCUAGCUCAAUAUGUAUAUUUUCGAUGUUCCAAGACAUUCCUCAGUCAUUCGCUCCUCUUCAUGUGGAGCCAUAAAAGCAUCCUUGCAACUUUCUUGGCGGUCUCCAUCGUUGUCAUUGCAUACUAUCUCCCGCAUACCAACCAAUACCUGAAGUCUUUGACGCUUUCUGACAAUAUUACCACUACGUAUCAGCGUAACAUCUCGAAUAUGGCUCUGAAGAAUGUUUCUCGUAAAGUCCUUCAGAGUGUGCUCGCCGUUGAGCAGUCGGAGGGAGCCGGGGCGCGUGUCCGACGGUCCAUUGGUGGAAUGAAACUACGCAACCUGACGCCUUUCUUAUUGUUGGAUCAUUUCCAUGUCUCCGAAGGAGCAGGGUUCCCAGAUCACCCGCAUCGAGGACAGGCUACUGUCACUUAUAUGCUCGAGGGAUCGAGUCGACACGAAGAUUCCGCUGGACAUAAGGGUACCAUUGAGGCCGGUGGUGUCCAAUGGAUGACCGCAGGCAAAGGAAUCAUCCACGCUGAAAUGCCUGUACAUGCACCGGGUGUACCAGAGCCCCGAGGAUUGCAGCUUUGGGUCGAUCUUCCAAAGGAACACAAGCUGACUGAUCCCUCGUAUCAAGAGCUUGGUCCCGACGGCAUUCCUACAGCUUAUCCUGAAGGCACAGAUGGUCCAUCAAGGAUCAAAGUCAUCAGUGGGAAGACCUAUGGCGUCGAGUCACCCGUCCGUCCUCUUGGGGGAUGUUGGUACUUCCAUGUUAUCGUUGACAAGAAGGGGCAUUCAAUAUUUCAAGAAAUACCUGUUGGCUGGACCACCUUCAUCUAUAUGCUCAAGGGCGUGGUGAGAAUUGGCGAUGAUCCUAGCAAACAUGAAGCUUUCCAUACGCUGGUCUUAUCAGCGGACAAGGAUGAGAAUGGUGUGAAGGUCACUUCUGAGGAAGACAACACUGAGUUCAUCCUCGCUGCCGGUGAACCUCUGGACCAGCCUGUUGUCCAGCAUGGUCCAUUCGUCAUGACAAGCCGAGAGGAAAUUCAGAAGACGAUGCUUGACUACCAAACUGGCAGGAACGGAUUUGAGAAGGCACACACUUGGAAGAGUGAAAUUGGAAACCAGUAAUGACGGAGUGUUACUGAUUGUUUUAUUUCUGAUAUCUGUAUGGGCUUUUUAAUCCAUUGACUGUAUCCAUAGCAUACCAUUGAAUGAUCAUGCAAUCACGAAUGUCGCG